AGCGGGGCGCCGGGGGGGGGGACAGAGAGAGACGCCCCCAUUCCCGUUCACAUUUUAGUAUAUAUGUAUUUAUUUAUUUAUAUAUGUCUAUGCACAUGUAUGUAUAUUUAUGUAAAUGUAUGUAAAUGUAGAUGUAUAUUCUAUAGAUACGGACACUGUUAUUACUGGUACCGCUGUGUGUAUGAAUGUUCAUUUCGGCUGUGCGAGCGCGCGCUCUAGCUCUCUCUCCGCGACCCCGAUCGGUAUCGAUCAGCGGCCCCCGAUCGAUGGGUGAUUUCGGCUUCGCCUCCCUGCGCUGCUCCCCCUCCUCCUCAUCAUCAUCAUCAUCUUCCUCAUCCUCCACAUCCUCCUCCUCCUCCUCCUCAUCAGCCGCCUUCAAAUUCAGGAGCUGCGCGCGUCCGUCCCCCGGCGCGUCCCCGCCGCUGCCCCCCUUCCCCCGGCGGACCAUGCAGGAUGAGCUGCUGCGGCGGGCAGUGAGGAGCGCGCGGCAGCAGAGCCCCCCCGAGCAGAAGCCCCCGCCGGUCGGAGACGGAGCCCCGCAGCGCGCCCCCCCGCCGGACGGGAGCGCGCGUCAGCCCCCGCCCCAGGGUGAGAGGCGGCGGCGGCGGCAGCGGCAGCAGCAGCAGCACCAGCAGCAGCAGCAGCAGCAGCAACAGCAGUUCGCCGUCGGCGGCCCCGUGCGGCUCGACCCCGCGGCCCCCGAGGACGCGGCCACUCUGUCGCCGUCGCCGUCGCCGUCGCCGUCGCGCUCUCCCGCCGUGAGCCCG